AUGUUCUCCUCAUUACACACAGGCUGUGCAACCAUUAAAGCUCUCUGUCUAUCCCACUUCUUCCCAGCCACUACAAAAUAUGUGUGGGCUUACACGGGCAUGUUGUAUUGGGCUGCAAUGUACCUAUUACAUCACUAUCUCAUUGACGUUGUGGGAGGCAUGUCCUUGCCACCACCUUCUUCUGCCUAUUCCUCCUAG